ACAAGGGCAGCCAAACUAACAUUUCAUCAAACGAAAAAGCAAAAACUCAAAAAGUAAAAAGUAACUACACUGUCUUCAAGAACCUACGGCCUGCUUAUUGGAGAAGCUAAUUAGAGCAAUUUCCUAAAUUACAAAUCACUUAUUUUUAACAGGCUUAGGUGUUGCUGAACGAACCGUUCAACUCGUCUCCUCUCCACAGCACUCUGCAGAGCAAACAUGGAGACAGGAAUCUCUCGACGCAAAAGAGAUCUUCCACCAGCUCACUACAAAUUAAAAAUUAAAUCCUACUCCUUACUAUUACAGUCAGAAGCAGAAAAGUAUGAUUCUGGUGUGUUUGAAACUGGAGGACACAAAUGGAGCUUGUCUCUUUAUCCAAAUGGAAACAAGAAAAGCAAUGGGAAUGGUUACAUCUCGCUCUACUUGGUAAUUGAGGAGACAGACACGUAUCCUCAUGGUUGGGAGGUUCUAGUGGAUUUAAAACUGUUUGUGUUUGAUCAAAUACUAGAUAAGUACCUCACUAUUCAAGAUGCUGAUGGUGCAUUCAGGCGUUUUAAUGAGAUGAACACUGAAUGGGGAUUUGGACAGUUAAUUUCCGAAGAAAUUUUCAAUAAUUCUUCGAAUGGAUACCUUGUUAAUGAUUCUUGUUUGUUUGGAGCAGAGGUUUGUGUGAUAAACCACACACACACAUGGGAAUCGCUUUCCAUGGUGAAGAAACCACUUAAUGGUACCUUUACUUGGAAGCUUGAAAACUUCUCUACAUUGAAUAAAACAUCUUAUGUGUCUCCUACUUUCUCGGUUGGAGAGAGAAACUGGUUUUUAACUGUUUAUCCAAAAGGAAACGGUACUGCAAAUGGGGUGUCGUUAUCCAUAUUCUUAGAGUGCGAAGACAUUCCUGCUAACAGGGCAAUUUAUGCAGAUUACAUCCUGCGAAUACUGGGCACGCUUAAAAGAAAGAAAGAACAUUCAUCAGAUAAGCAUUGGUUCUCUGCUUCUUCUAAGAACUGGGGUUUUGUAAGCUUUAUUUCAUUGAAGGAGCUGAAUAAUGCGUCAAAUGGAUUCAUUGUCAACGAUACUAUAACAAUUGAAGUUGAAAUCCUUGUCCUGUCUGAGAUUAAGGUUUUUCGUUCGGAAAAUAUAGAGGAAGCCUAAACCCGUCCUAUAUAUACUAGCUUACGUCCUCUAUGGUUUGGAAUGCAUUUUGAAAUGAAAUGGAAAUGACUUACAUAUUUUGUGGGUGUUUGUAGUCAAUUGAAGUUGCACUUUUUAUUUUUAUUUUUAUUUUUGUUUAAGCAUCAGCUGUAAAGAGGAUGUAUGUGAUAUACAAUAGUGUAUACACUUUGAAA